GAAACAAAUUUAUAUUUUCUCUUUGAAGAAGCUGAGAGAACAUCACAGCCAGAUUCUGGCCAAGCACACGCUGGAGCUUAAGGACUAUGGGAAAGAGGCAGGAGCAGCUAUCCACAGCACAGACUCAGGUCUCUGAACUCAAACAACUCCUGACUGAGAGGGAGCAGGUCAUCAAGGGCCUAAAGCAGCUUGCAGUCCAGAGGGAGAGGGGUAGAAGUAAUCUGUGGCAGAGAGAGACUCUGGACCCUGACAAACACACCAUCCGAGAGAACAGUGAAGUUCCUCCUGCUAAGGCUGGCCCGACUAGGUGUGAGAGGUGUCUCCAGCUCCUGCAGCAGGAGAAUGGCAGUCUGCUGGACAGACUGAGGGCUAGCGAGAGACUCAACAAGACCCUGCACAGCCAGCUGGACCUGUGCAGAGCCAUAAUGGCUCAGAGAGAGGGAGGCGAUGGAUGCAGUUUCACUCCCUCUACCUUACUCACAAUGGAGGAAGGAAUGGAGGAGCAGCAGCAGGAGAUCCUGAGGCUGAGACAGAGGCUGGAGGAGAUAACCCAGGCCAACGGGAGGCUCCAUGAGCAACUGGAGAACCAUAGGGCCCAGCAGGCAGCAGCCCAGACAGGAGCUCAGGAGGCAGGGACAGAGAUGAGGCAGAACCACCCAGAGAGACUGAAUGAGGCUGUAGUUGAGAGUGGAGCGAGAGAGAGUGGAGCGCUGAGGGAGGAGAGAGAGAGGCUGACAGAGGGGCUUGCACGCUCUGAGGACAACAGGAGCCUGGAGGGCUCACUCAGCUCCACACGGAAAGAAAUAGACAGGUUGAAGGGAGAGAUCGAUGCCUAUCAAAAACAGCUCACCAACUGCCAUGAGCUCCUCAAGUCAUUGUGUGUGGAGAUGCAGGGGUCCAAGCAGAUGAGGACUGCUGCAGUCAACGCCACUGCAACAGAGUUUGGAGGCGUUCUCCAGGACAACCCCAAGCUAAAUCAACUCCUCUCUGAGAUCCAGCAAAUCAGAGGACAGCUUGCCGAUAAGUACACGACACAGACUAAAGCCACAGAGGAGAAACUCCCUGAGCAUUCUGGUUGGCCCGAGUGCCGUCCAAAAAUCAUCAAUAUCAACUAUGUGGCGUGUGGUGCGUCCAGGCAUUCAAACAGGAGCAGUCCUUCAGGUAGAAGAGAUCAUGCCAAGAAGGACAACCUUUCUCAAAGCAGCCAUUACUCCAGCAUGGACGACUCAGCCACAUCCUUACUGAACAGUAGUUUAUCCCAACUGUGGGUCUAUGACAAGAGCCCUCAUGUCACUGGCCAGGAAGACAAUUACAUCACCUGCAGAGACUAAUAUCAGAAGGGAAGACACUGACCAAUAAGAUCACUACACAACAACUCCCAUCCCGAGUCACAGUCAGCAGUGGACCUGAAGUUCAUCAAGCAUUUCUCGUCAACCAUCAGUGCUACCCAGCAUGCUUUGGAGGAAGCCUGUCAUCUUCUGAUUCUCCAAGAGAGGUGUUUUCACCUACAGAGCGACUCUGUGAAUAACAACCAGAGCCAAGUGGACCUCUACUGGGAAAACCUGAAACUGAAGAAUAAAAUUGAGAGAAUGAGGAGGGAGCAAUCUCAAAAUAAGAAGAUGCUUUCUGAAGCUGUCAAACGACUAAGAAGAGUGAACCGGAGGAAAGUGGAGAGACUGGGUGAAUAGCAGCAUGAUCGUCAUUCCACUUAGCCAACUUUACUCCAUAGAUGAAAAUAGAAAGAAAAUGGAAAGCUUCCCUCAUUAAUUAAUAAA